UCUCUGUGUGGUCAAGCUAGGCUGAGACACAAGAGGCCGCUCUUGAGGUGAAAAGGGCGAAAGCCAGCGCAGUGGUUUUCCCGUUUGACAGCAGGGGCUUGUUUUACAGCACAAAACAACAAGGAUGAAGACUCACAAGCGGCGAUGCAGCAACACAGAUAAUAUUAGGGAGGUGUAGCUGAAGUACCGCCAGCUUUAUCUCGAUCGUCCGGCAAGUGAAGCGACGUAAACACCAGGCAACUUGAAUGUCGACGGAGCUGCAGAGCCGCAUCUGUGUGCCUUAGUUGAAGUGCUCCUGGAUUUGUUGUUGUUAGCAGCUAAUGCUAACUAUAGAAGUUACGAGCUAGCUGGCCUAGCAAGCUAAUAGUCAAAGCGAGUUAAAGACAAUUUAGCCACAUAUGUCUGAGUUUUAACCUACCCGGAAGACUUAACGCGGGGUUUGAUUAGCUGAUGGAGCCAGCUAACCUUGUAUGCAGUUGUUUAAGAACUGUAGCUUUGGUUGAGUAUCAGUCAUAGUAGUUGCCUAGCUCGUCAGUUAGCCACCACUUUCUUUGGAAGAAUGAGUAGAAAACACCGUCAAUUUAAAGGAGCCGAAGUCAGCUGCUGUGUGAAAUACUUUUUAUUUGGAUUCAACAUUGUAUUCUGGUUACUAGGAGCUGCAUUCUUGGGUAUAGGCUUGUGGGCAUGGGCGGAGAAGGGCGUACUGUCCAAUCUGUCAUCCAUCACAGAUUUAGGGGGCUUUGACCCUGUAUGGCUCUUCAUCGUCGUCGGAGGGGUCAUGUUCAUUCUGGGCUUUGCUGGAUGUAUCGGAGCGCUCAGAGAGAACACCUUACUGCUUAAAUUUUUUUCUGUGUUCCUGGGUUUGAUCUUCUUCCUGGAGCUGACUGCAGGGAUCCUUGCCUUCGUCUUUAAGGACUGGAUCAAAGACCAGCUUAACUUUUUCAUCAACAAUAAUGUCAAGGCAUACCGCGAUGACAUCGACUUGCAGAAUCUCAUCGACUUUGCCCAGGAAUAUUGGUCAUGCUGUGGAGCACACGGGCCUGACGACUGGAACCUGAACAUCUACUUCAACUGCACUGACAGGAAUCCCAGUAGGGAGCGCUGUGGCGUUCCCUUUUCGUGCUGCAUCAAAGACCCUGCAGAGGAUGUCAUCAACACGCAGUGUGGUUAUGAUGUUCGGCAGCACGUGGAGUUGGACCGGCAGAGGUUUAUCUAUACCAAGGGCUGCGUGGGACAGUUUGAGAAGUGGCUUCAAGACAACCUGAUUAUUGUAGCCGGCGUCUUUGUUGGAAUUGCACUUUUACAGAUUUUUGGUAUCUGCCUUGCUCAAAACCUCGUGAGUGACAUCAGAGCUGUCAAAGCCAACUGGUGACAGGAGAAUUGAAGUGGGGCGGCCCCAGCCUGAACUCGCAUAGCACACUACCGUCUGGCUGAGGUGGACAGCCGACAAAAUCGGUCUACUUUUGCCACUGAGCUAAGCAACACACACACACGCUCUCACACACCGAUAUGUGUGUGAGUGAAACUUGAAAAAGAGAAUAUAUUUCACACACAAACCAAACAGUCAGAACUUUGUUUACCACUCAGCUGGGAUUUUAACCCAAAUAUACAGAAGAGAGUCCUGCCUACUUUUUUUUUUCCUCUAUUAUUUUUUUUCUUUCGACAAAUUUAUUUAAGGCACGCAGUUGCACAAGGACUCCAGAAAACUCGGAGAUCAGAAGCCAUGGACAACAACAACAACAAAAAAAACAAAACAAGGAAAAAUGUCUCCUUUUUAAAAAAAACAAAACAAAAAAACCUCAAGCAACAUGUUGUCACAGAGCCUUUGUCCUGCUCAGCAAGGGGGCUGAAGACCUUCCCUUAAAGUCAGCACGCACCCACCUCCACACUUCCUUCUCCUCCAGACGACGAUGACUUGCUGGCCGCAUGGAUUCGUCUGCGUGUCGUUUUUCUCCUUUGUGACCGUUUUUAUGACCACUAAAAAAAACCAAAAGAGAGACAAAAAACUGAACACUGGUCAGUCAUAUCUGCAAAUUUAAGUCACUUUGAGAGUUUUCUGUUCAAUUUCAAAUGUAAAAAGUGCCAUUAAUUUCCAGUAAUAGUUUUGUGUCCUUCCUGUUCUUUACAUGGAACUUGUGCACCUCGACCGCCCCCUUCCCUUAUACCUCAGGGCCUGGCUAAAAAUAUGUGUUUCCUGCCGCCAGUUAAAAGCAUAUCUUAUUUUUCCAUCCGUGUCUGUUGAAUUUAGAUAAACACCAAAAGUUACCCCAUUUGCCCUAUGGUGAUUGCAUCAUCUGUUGAUUGAGUGUAUUGUAUGACACGAAAUAAUAAGGAUUGUAAGUGUGUGCUAGACUGAGAAAGGGGGUUUAAUGAUAGAGAUUGUUGUUUAUCUCUGAGCAUCCCUCAGGCACAUGGGAUUGCUAGUUUGGGGCCUUUUUUAUCUUCUUUUUUUCUUUUUACUUGACUUCUGUAUACCAUAUUUGUCUUAUAUUUUUCUCUUUGCAAAAGAACAUACGUCUGUUGUUAAAGAUGUUCUUUUAAUUCUUCAUUCAUUUCCUGUCAUUUAUAGAUAAAUCUGUUCUCGGGUUCAUUGUUUAGCUUUACAGGCACCUGUUUUACUUCCAGCUCAUCAGUCAGCUGCAAAUUAGCUUCGUAUUGUGAGUGUUAGCGGUCCUAAUGGAGACCAAAUAAUAUCAUUAGCUAACUGCCAAGGUUUUGUCUGGCCACAAUUCUGUUGUUAUUAGGAAUGCCAGACGAUAACAAAUGGCAUUUCCACGGCCAAAAUGUGAAUUCAUUGUCCCUCCAUGUGGGAAGUGCCAGUUGAACCUAGAAAUCAAAUGACAAUUAAACAAUGUUACAGUAACGCUUUUAUCUUUUAAUUCAGUGUUGUCCUUUUAAUUUUUUUCUUUUGGAUUGUUUUUAAGAAAUAGAAUAGCAAAUACACGCCGUACCUUUUUAAUAUUAGCGACAGUCUCAAUAUAACAUGAAUGCUGCUUUUAACUUUGACUAGAUUAUUGAUGGUGUAGUUCAAUAGUCGAGCUAACAAUCUAUCUCACGUGGCGGCAUUUGUAGAAAUCAGUCUGGCCGCUACGGUUUCCAUCUGAGGAAAUAGUCACGUUAUUUUUCAUGUUAAAGUUUACACACUAUACGUCACCCCCUCUUUAAUUAUAAUGGGUUUUUUUUCCCCAUUCAUUCAUUUAUUCAUUCAUUCAGAAAACACUCUCUUGGAGUGAGUUCAGUUCUGCUAUAACUGGCUUCACUCAGUAAUUCUGUAUAUUAUUCAAAGCAUUUAACCACAACAGCUGUUUCUGGCUGUCACAAUGUCAUUCGGAUACAUUGCACAAGCUAGAUUAGGAACGGAUUUACUUGACUACACACACAGGUCCAUAUAUGCACACUUUAGAUAUAGACACACACACACACUCUGAAAAAUGAGAAAACAUGUUUGGAAUUGCAACGCAGACUAGCUGAAAGAUGAGUAGCAUUAAUAUUCUGUGAACAGUGCAGGAAAACUUUCCCUGCUUCUCUCUCAGAGUCGGUCUGCAGAAUACAUAUACUGAGGAGUUCUUUCAGCGACGCCACCUUAAGAUCGUCUGUCGUGUGCACAUGUCACAUGUUGCUUUUCACCCACGCCCCCCCUUCAGAAAAAAAAAGAAAAAUCAAAAAUCUACCUGAUCAUAGUGCACCUGUUUCAGAGCCUCUACCAUUCUGAUGUAUUUUUAAACAUCGGGCUCUUUUGACGAAAGAGGAACACACGACACAGCGGGAGUCGUUUGAGUUUAGGCGCCGUGAAUGCACAAGUAGAAAUAUCGCCAGCGGAGAACAAUGCAUCUGCACAAGAGCGACAGAGCCUUAAUGACUUCUCCCCGGUUCAGAUAGAUGCGUGUGUAUAGGAGAAGCUCAUUUAUAUCAGCACUUUAGGUGUAAUCAGUGAGUAACAGCUUCCAGUAAUCUCCGAAAACAGAUUUCAUUUAGAAUAAAUAUGGAGUCGUUUUACAGGAUGAACUUGCAGUUAAUUCUCACCUGGAGUUAUAUUUUUGUGACGUGCCGCGAAAGUUGUUUGUCAUGCUUUGUGUGUGGGCUUCUUUGAUUUCACUUACUGUUCAGUUUGUUAGAUGAAUCUGGAUGAAACGUGUGUGUGUGUGUGUGUGUGUGUGUGUGUGUGUGUGUGUGUGUGUGUGUGUGUGUGUGUGUGUGUGUGUGUGUGUGUGUGUGUGUGUGUGUGUGUGUGUGUGUGUGUGUGUGUGUGUGUGUGUGUGUGUGUGUGUGUGUGUGUGUGUGUGUGUGUGUGUGUGUGUGUGUGUGUGUGUGUUUUUCUUUUUUCUCUUCCCUCCAUCUGUGGGUUGAAACAAAUGUGUGUCACUAAUUAACAAAUGAGAAAGUUUAACAAAUCUGUGAAGUAUUUUCAUGUUUUUUUUUUUUUUCUCUCUCUCUUCUAAAAAUCUUAAUUGGAAAGUCUUUGCUCAGGGUCUUUAACACACCGUUCCCUCCAAAGACCAAAGAGAAAUAACAGAAGAGUGCAUAUGCAUAGGAUGAGAUCCUGUGUUAUGUUUGAUGAAGUGGAGAGCUGCAGCCGUUUGAGUUAUGCUGAGGAUCUAGCUGAACGCAGGCGGAGGCCGUGAGUGUCAAUUCUCCUGGACUACAGGGCUGCAGCUCUUAAAUAAAAACCGCUCUGCAGCCAACAUCGUGCUUGAAUGGAUGUGCCAAGACAGUCACCUUGGUAAUAAGGAUAAUAAUGCCAUAAUAAUUCACAGUAGCCGCCUGGCAGGAUUUAAAUAUGCAGACUCCACAGAGGUGAACUUGCUCGAGUAUGUUUGUUUUUAACGGCUUUGGCUAAUUCUGCUUUUGUAUUCCUUUAAUGCAGGGUAAAGCAGGAGGGAGAGAACGAUGCUAAUUACGCUUUGUCCUUUAUCAUAAUGGCCUUGCAUCAAGAAACACCUUCUUAAUUUUCUCUGCUUCCCCCCUGUGGGUGCUUAAAUCAUUCCCGAGGAGGAGCCUUAUACAUACCAUGAAUGUACAAGUCUGUUAUCAGCAUGGACCUACUGCUCCACAUUCAGUUUGAACUUCCCUUUAUCCUGAUCCAGUGCAAUGCAUAACAUGAAUCGAGAUAAGGAAUGUGAAUUGAGAGUAUGUGGAGAUGUUUUAAUGUUCUUUUCCUGAAGAUUUUUACAUUUUUAAAUAUGUUGUAGCGAGCAUGAAAGCGAAUGAGCAUUCCUUUUCCUCAGUCUCCAGGUGUAUGUGUGUAUGUGUGUGUGUGUGCAGACCUACAUUUAUAUGCAAUCACAAAACCUUUUUAAUUAGCAGAUACAACCAGUUAACAUCGUCCUGGUUACUCUGUGUUCAGUAGCUGAAUAUGUGGAUCUUUUUCUUUAAAUACACAAACUCGUCUGUUCAGGUUGGAGUAAACCAUUAUUGAUUAUUCAUUUGUAACAACUGAAUUAUCUGAAUGAGCCUUUUAAAAAUUGCUUUACAUGUAUAAUUCCGAGUGGCUGGCAAGUGCGUCCGAUGAAAUGUCCUGCGAGCAUGUUGUUUAACAGAAAUGAGCAGCACAUCAGACAUUUGUACGUCUUACCUCAUCGUGUGCGCGCGCUCAUGUCACAUCAGAGAAAGCAGCUUAACUGGCUCGUUUGCAAGCAUAUGAACAGCAAUACCACACGUGUUAGUACCGACGUUCCCAAAUCGAACACAUUUGAUCAGCCGGUGUGGUUUGAACUGGCAUGAAAACGCAUUUGUGUCGAUUUGGCGGGUUUUACAGAGAUGACAUUUACAAAGACGCUUGUUUGUUUGUCAGUCGGAUAUAAACCACUACAAAAAUUUCUGAAGUUCCUCUGUUUUCUUUGUUUUUUGUGUUUAAAGUUUUGUGGAUUACAGCAGAAUAUUACAACAAUCAGCCGUAUUUUUCCAAUCUGCCUACUCCGAGGGGUAGCCUCGUGAAGAAGUGUUGUAAAUGAAAACUGUGGGACUUGGUCUGUUACACUGUAUAUUCUGUUAAUACAUGCCUCUUUCAUAUAUUAAAGGAUUAUUGAUAAAAGUG